UAAACCAAGCCUGAUAUCGAAACCCUGCCAAAGACUAUCUAUUCUCCUCAUUCACCACAUAUUUUAACAUGAGAGCCUCCCAAAUUUUGUUCAGCGCCCAGAAGAAGUCCGGUUUCAAGUUGCCAUUCCCAGUCGAAUUGACUCCAUUAGCCAUCUGUACCGCACUUGCCUGUGGCUCCCUUGCUUUCUUUACCACCAAGCACUUUGCCGGUGACCAAGAAUUGAGACUCCGCAGAAACCCAGAGUUGUCUAUCCUUGAAGAAACCAUCAAGAAGCAUGAAGACAACUAAUCUUCAUGGUUAAACACUCCUUUUUCUUCAUCUAACUGCGGUGGCGGUUGGGUGACCCAUCGCCGUCCAUUGAUGAUGCCGUUCAGACACCCUCAUAUCUCUUUAGACCCUGAAUAUUGUUUAUAUUUAUUAUCCAUGGUGUAGAAUUCCAGAUUAUAUCUCUCUCUCGUGUACAGUAAAAGACAG